CUCUCUCUCUCUCUCUCGCUCUCGCUCUCUCUCUCUUUCUCUCUCUUAUCUUCUCUCUUUUCCUUCCCUCCCCUCAACCGCCUCCUCUCCUCACUUCACCCUGCAAAAACCCAUUUCCGUACACCUCCAAUAACCUCUCUACAUCCAAGUUUUUCAUAAAUUUCUCUAUCUUUUUCUCUCACUUUCUCACCAUCCAAACAUGGAUAAACUACUGAGUGUCCAUGAAAAGAAGCCAACCAAACAGACCAACAGAACCAAGAAAAAAACAAUCAAAGUUGUGUACAUCUCUAACCCCAUGAAGGUCAAUACAACAGCUUCAGAGUUCAGAGCUCUGGUUCAAGAACUCACUGGCCAAGAUGCCAAGUAUUCUGAGAUUGACUGUGUUGGAGGCAAUCAAGUGGUCUCUGAUGAGAUCAAGAUCAGUGGUGGUGAUCUUCAUGAUCAUGAUCAUGCACUGGAAGAAGUCCCAAGAUUGAUGGAACCAACUACUAGUGAUGUGGCUAAAAGCUCCGAUCUUGCUUUUGAGCAGUACGAUGAUGUUUUUAUGCGUCAGAUGAUUGAUAAUUUUUCUGGGUUUUUGCCAUCAAGCUUGUUGUUUUGAAUUUGAUGAUGAUGUUGAUGGUGAUGUGUUCACAAGCUUUGAUGCAGUGUAUAUUUUGUGGUAAGCUUUGAUCUGUUUACUUAAUUAGAAAAAUGCAAUAAAUAAAUGAAUUUUUCAUCUAA